GGAACUCAACGUCAAUAAGAUGGCCAUACACGAGGCCGAGAUCAGGUUCAUCACGAAUGGCUCUCGCCAGCAUCUCAUCGCAUCCCUAGUACGUAUCCACCGCAAUUCUGCGAUUCUCUCCCACCGAAGUCUCUCUAUUGCGAGCAUGUGGCUGGACAACAAAAUCCAGGUCGGUGCUUUUCGAUGGUCUUGAUCUUCACAUCAAAGUAAUGGCGUGGGGUAAGCACCACUGUGCUGGGGCCUUUGUUUUUCACCUUGCUUUCAAUCAUAAAGCAGCUAUAUGUGGCUUAUCGCAACCAUCCACUUGUUGCUGCAACCAGGCCUCCAUGUAUUUGAGGACCAUUUUUGACCACAGAACACUCUGUAAUACUCAAUGUACACUUGUGAAACUCCGGUCACCGAUUGCGCUUGACUGCGAGCUUCGCCAGGCAAAGUCUACUACUUAUGUAAAUAGUAACCGCUCCUUCCUGCUCGGUGUCUUGUGGGGCUGUGGCAUCAUCCAUAGGCUUCGAAUCCUCUCAGCGCGGACUAUGCAAUGCAGGGAAACCCUAGCCGGAAUCUAUAUCAUGAUCCUAGCUCUGCUGCCUUGUUUGGUUGCAUACCUUGAUCACUGUAUGCAUUCUGGGUCAGAAUUGGAAAAUGUUCAACGGAUUAUGUAGCCCAUCAGAUUCACUGGCAACUUGGGCAUCUGUGAUGCAUAUUAAUGUCCACUGCCCACUUUUGGCCAGUU